AUGUCCGAUUACAGCAAAUGGAAGGUCACUGAGCUCAAGGCGGAGCUCAAGAAUCGCGGUGUCCCCCAAACCGGUUUACGGCUCAAACAGGAUUUCAUCGAUAAACUGAUCGAAUUGGACUCCCAAUCUAGUGUACAGCCUGCCGCUAAGGAUGCUUCGACAGAACUCACGGCUGAGAAAGAAGGAAACCAGACCGAGCAAAAAAGUGACGCAGACCAGAAAACUGAUGAGCCAGCGCCGCCCUCGCAACAGUCUGGUACUGAAAUUCUUCCAACGGAAAGCGCGCCGAGUACACCAAAAGUCACCGCGCAGCUAGAUCAACCCUCUGACGAUCUUAAGAAAGCCCAGAUCGAGCCGAAUGACGCUAGAUCGGAAGCUACGCAACCUACGCAACAGACCACAAAUGACCGUCCAACACAAUCAAAGGAAGCGGAACCAGAUACAGCUGCAGAUAGUCAGACAAUAAAGCUCCGUGAACCCAUUGUCCCGGCGCAGCCCGAAGGACCAGCUCCCGAAAAUCAAACGCCAGAGGAGCCACCCACCCUAGCAGAGGUAUCUAGGAAGAAUCAAGGUUUAGAUUCCGAGCCACCCACUGAUGGUGGUGACGAUCUUCGCAAACGCAAACGACGAAGCCAGAGUCCCCCUCCCACCGUUGAGGUAGUGAAGAAAUCCAAGAUCGACAACGAGGACCCACGGGUGAUACUCAAAGAAGAUGUGCAUCCGCGAGAAACCACGUCCGAAAUUGUUCGACCAGAGAGUAAAAUUGAGACAAGUUCUACAGGACGCCAAGAUCCUCGCUUUAGAGAUCUAUUGACCACUACGAAGCCGCCGAAAUCCGUACAAUACUCCGAGCAGACCUUAGAAGACGAUGAUGUCCAAGUUGAGCCAGCGCUUCACCCGGCAACAUCCUCAAUCUAUAUUCGUAAUCUCAUGCGACCUUUGCAGCCAUCAUCCUUGAAAAAUCACCUACAAGAACUUGCUACACCGGCCGGUGAAGAGCUCGGCGGUGAACCAUUGGUCGAUUUCUUCUUGGAUUCGAUCAAAACUCAUUGCUUCGCACUUUUUGAUACCGUCACCACAGCAUCACGAGUGAGGUCAAAGCUACAUGGCGCAAUAUGGCCGAAUGAACGCGACCGCAAACCCCUCUGGGUUGACUUUAUUCCGGACGGUAAAUUUAGCGAGUGGGUCAGGACUGAGCAGGAUAUAGCUGCAGGCCGCGGCACCCAGCGCUGGGAGGUAUUAUACGAAAAGACAGAAGAUGGUGUCCAAGCUAUCCUGCAAGAUGCCCGCAACGGCGCCAGGUCCGGUCAUCAGCCCACGGUGUCUGCUCGGCGACACAGCCCGGAUGCCGAAUCGCGACGAGAAAAUCGGCCUUCGAGAGCUCCACCUGCACAACAACAAAGUGGUGGGAAAGGGUUUCAGGCCCUGGAUGAUCUGUUCAAAUCCACGAAAACUAAGCCAAAGCUUUACUAUCUACCGGUAUCCCGCGACAUUGUUGACAAACGUCUAGCCCAAUUUGACACGCUCAUACGGAAAGGGGCUAGGCAUUCUGGAAAAGAGGAUGAGGAUAUGCGUCGCAUUACAUUUGAAGAUACAAAUAUGUUUGUUGAUGGUGGCCCUGAGUAUCCCCGCACUCGUGGUGGUGGUGGUGGUGGUGGUCGACGUGGGGGUCGAGGAUCCUGGCGCGGACAACGGCGUUAA